AUGACUUCGAACGAUCUAUCUCAAGAUUAUAGCCACCUUGAUCUAGCGCAUCUCGAUAAUCAUAUCCAGAAAGUGGAUGAAAGAACUCGAUCGUUCAAACACAGAUUGGAAAAAUACAGCUUUUUUGUGAUCGGAAAACAGCGGGCCACCACCUCCUCUCUACCUUCACGUCCAGAGCACUACAUCAUCACUUCCGAUACCGAUACCGCGUUUGUAGGAGAGGACCGCCUGGUUGGUGGAGACAGCACUCCUAUCCGUCGUCGAAUCAUUUUCACCAGCGAAAUGUCUAUCAACGCCCAAAAUUUAAUGUUUUUGGUCCAGAAAUCACUCAAGUCUAUAACCAACCAAAUGGAGUCUCUGAAACUCAAGUUUGGGGAUGCCUUCUGUGGGUGUGCUCAAUUCGAUAGGGACACAGGCGAUGAACUCGAGAUGUUGUGUGAUUGGCUGAAAAGGGUUGAGCGUAGGAUCGAGAUUCUUCAGGAAGAUGUAGACAGAAUCACAGCUAUGGAGAAUGACGGAUGGGAAAUCGGGGUUACCUUGACUACCACGGAAGGAUGGGACUUCAUUAUGAGAGCUCAUCAGUGGAGGUAUGAUGGGUAG